AUGACAUUCGCCUACCCGCGCAACACAGGCGCAUCCUUGCCAUCCUCGCUCCCUUUAUACAACCCGAAGCGCCCACAGUCCCCGACCAUUCUGAAUCGGGUCGCCGAAUAUAUACCUCCAGUGGCCAAGCAAUGGCUUUCUCCGAGCACCGCCUAUCGGAGGUGGAGAGCCAACGGGGCGGGGUUUAAGGUCACGGCCAAGGAUGUUGUCAAGAAUGUCUUCACAAUUCCAAAUGCAAUUAUUCUACUUUGGAUGUUUUCAAUUCGGUGGGGAGAGCGCACGGUUUUUGAGGAUCACAUAAACCGGUGCCUAUGGGAUAGUUGGGAAGACUGGGUGAGCAUUCAGUGGCGCCCCAAAGAUGCAACUCCGCACCACAUUGCCUUUAUUGCCGACCCCCAGCUCGUUGAUCCCCACACCUACCCCGGCCGACCAUGGCCUCUGUCGACAUUAACAAUGCGAUAUACCGACCAAUAUAUGCGCCGAUCCUUCUCCUUGAUCCAGGACCACCUUGAGCCAGACUCGGUGCUGUUUCUUGGCGACCUUUUCGAUGGUGGGAGAGAAUGGGCAACCGCGACAAGUAGCAGUCCCGAAGCUCGCUGGAAGGGAUACAAAGACCGGUACUGGAAAAAGGAAUUCGGACGGUUCGUCAAAAUUUUUCUCGACCCAUGGGAAAAAGCCAAUAGACCUAGCGUCGAUGGACGGGGCCGGAGAUUGCUUGCCAACUUACCUGGGAAUCACGACCUCGGGUUCGGAAAUGGAGUCCAGGAGCCUGUCCGGGACCGAUUCGAGAGCUUCUUUGGAAAGACGAACCAGGUCAAUGUGAUAGGCAAUCACACUUUCGUCUCAGUCGACUCCGUUUCCUUAAGCGCGAUGGAUCAGCCUGAUCCGCUGACAGGCAGUUCACCAACAUCGAGUGACGCAAACCAUGCGAUUCGCCCGAUCUGGAAAGAAGCAGAUGAUUUUCUGGACAAGAUGGCUAUCCACAAGGCUAAGGCGGAGACCGAUGAGCUGCGGAUGCUCAGAAAUCAGAGCGAGGGGCAUCUCUUUAAUUAUCGUGUUGUCGAUGCCGUUGAGGCGACACUUCACCAUAGGCAGGAGCAAGUGAGCGCCGGCUUCCCGACUAUCCUGCUCACCCACGUUCCUCUCUACCGGAAGGCAGGAACUCCCUGCGGCCCUCUACGUGAGCACUACCCGCCUUCCUCGCCCGAAGAGGAUUUACAAGAGGAUGAGCGAAAUGCCAUCAGUAUAUCCGCUGGGUAUCAAUAUCAGAAUGUCUUGACGCAAACCGUCUCGACCGAAGUUAUUUCCAAAGCCGGACCCAAUGUUGUGCAGGUCUACUCCGGCGAUGACCAUGAUUAUUGCGAAGUCUCACACCGGGAGUUCAACGGCUCACCAAAUGAAAUCACCGUGAAGAGUAUAUCCUGGGCGAUGGGAGUCCGCCGCCCCGGAUUUGUUCUUACAAGUCUAUGGCAUCCAAUCGACCCCAAGACGGGCCGCGCGCUUCACGAAGGGACCCCUACCAUCCAAAACCACCUCUGUCUUCUCCCAGACCAGCUGGGAAUCUUCAUACAUUACCUCACUAUCCUCGGUCUCAGCGUUCUCAUCCUUGCCCUCCGCUCCAUCUACCACGCCAUUUACUCGCCUGAGCCUUCCACAGAUAGUAUUCUUCCCCUCGCUGAAUACGGACGCCCCUCCCACCAAUCCCAUACCUCGGGUGCGUCUAGUUCUACCAUGCCCUCGGGUGGCUUGGCUAGCCGUGGUGGCAUCCCAGCGUCCACUCGCUACCCCGGCACAAACUAUCCCCAGGACCCAUAUCGCGUAGACGAUGAGAUGGACUCAUUCCCCAAAGGCAAAAGGGAAUGGCGUCCGGCAUCGGCGCAAUCGCGAUCUCGAUUUUCACUCAUCACGGGAGACUUGUACUCGUCCAUUCUAUACGUGGCCAAAGUGGUGCUGGUCGUGUACUUCAUCCUCAUCUGGCGCUGGUAG